GGUGGUUGGUGCUUGUACAUGUGGUGGUUGGUGCUGAAUGAGGGGCAAGGCUAGAGAAGCCAAGCAACUCAAAGAGGCUCAGGAUGGCGAAAUGGUAAAGAUGGGACCUCCUACACCAAGUCAGCAGACAAGCCCCAAGUCCUCCAGGAAGCUGAGUAGAGCUGGUAGAGGAGAACUCAGCAUAGCCUGAGCCCUUACCACUUGAGCCCUUCACAAGGCACUCUCUCCUACUACCUUCUGGCUCAGUGAGCUGUCGUUGUCCCCUCCGCCCCCCACCAACCUCCUCUGUGAGUACAGAGAGUUCAGACCAUUAGGGGCCUACCCGCACUGCCCUAGAAUCCACACAUCUGUGCCCUAGCCGGAUUCUAGGCUGCUUGAACCCUUCUCUGUUUACACAGAACCCCUAGCCACGCCCACUAGCUCUGGCAGGCGCUGAGUCUGGGGCUUCCACGCGCACUCUUUGCCGGUUGCUCUGGCCACAGCCCCACCCAUUCAGGCUCGGUUGCCCUAGAGAGGGCAGUCGCAGAGUCGCUUGGCUCAGUGGAGAUCCUCAGGGUGAGGCCCAGAGAGUCCUGUUUCAUCUUGCCUCUCACUCGAGAGGUCCAAAAGCACCACUAUGUCAAGCGAGUCAAGCGGUACAGGGACCUCACCCAGGACACCCCGUCCCGGGGCCCAGAAGUCAUCUGGUGCAGUAACCAAGAAGGGGGAUCGGGGGGCUAAAGAUAAGACAGCAAGCAACCUGCCUCCGGUGGGUGAGGAAGAGUCAAAAAAUCCCGAGGAGUACCAGUGCACGGGGGUCCUGGAGACAGACUUCGCUGAGCUCUGCACACGGUCAGGCUACACGGACUUUCCCAAAGUUGUCACCCGGCCACGGGCCCAACAGGGGUCUGUCCCUUCCGCCUCCACGUCCGAAAAACCGGUCCAAGAUGACCAAAGACUGUCGGCAUCCUGCAGCCAGAACAGCAUGGAGAGCAAGUAUGUGUUUUUUCGGCCCACCAUUCAAGUGGAGCUGGAGCAGGAGGACAGCAAGGCAGUAAAAGAGAUCUACAUCCGAGGUUGGAAAGUUGAAGAUCGGAUUCUGGGUAUUUUUUCCAAGUGUCUGCCCUCCCUUAGCCAGCUGCAGGCCAUCAACUUGUGGAAGGUGGGGCUGACGGAUAAGACCCUGACCACUUUCAUCGCCCUUUUGCCUCUUUGUUCCUCCACACUCAGGAAGGUGUCUCUUGAGGGGAAUCCAAUACCGGAGCAGUCCUUUAACAAGCUAAUGGGACUGGACAGCACGAUCGUUCACUUGUCUCUGAGGAACAACAACAUCAACGACCACGGGGCGUAUCUCUUGGGCCAGGCACUGUCUACAUUGCACAACAGCAACCGGACUCUUGUUUCGCUAAACCUGGCAUUCAACCACAUCGGGGAUGUGGGCGCAGGCCACAUCGCGGAUGGCCUGAGGCUGAACCGCUCUCUCCUCUGGCUGUCCCUAGCGCACAAUCGCAUUCAAGACAAGGGAGCACUGAAGCUGGCCGAGGUCCUGCGCCCCUUUGAGCUGACCCACAGGGAAGUGGUGGAGCGGCGGCGCCUUCUGCUGGUGAAAGGAACGCAGGAGCGCUCUCGAUCGCCUUCCUCCUCCCGAUAUGGGGACUCCAAAGCAGAUCGCGAGAAGUCUCAGGCAUUGGGGAUCAGCAAUGCUACUUUGGUGGACAAGCCAGAAAAGAUACAGUCACUGAAAGCCCCAAAGAGCCUGGGCAAGAAAAAGGAGAAGGCAGGGGAAGUUGUAAAGAAAGAAGAGAAGCUGGGAUCUGGGCAGUCACCCACACAAGGAACCCCUAAGAAAGAAGAUGCCACAAAGGCAGGCAAGGGGAAGGUAACCAUCCCUGAGCAGAAGAUGAGCAAGGGAAAAGCGACGAAGAUCGGGGCCAAAGAGAAGCGCAGCAUCCUCCUGGAGUCAGAACAGCUAGUUGUUGAAGCUACAGAGAUGGUUAACCCUCUCCUGGAGCCGGUGGAACACCGAGAUGGGAAGGUUUUCUUGCCUGGGAACAAGAUCCUUUUGCACCUCAACCUCCUCCGAAACCAAAUCACAGAGGUGGGGCUGGAAGGCUUUCUCACUGCUGUGCAAUACCAGGUUCAGGUCUCCAAGUCCAGGACUUCACCCAAGGCCCCCCUGGGUCUGCUGUGGCUGUCCCUGGCAAAAAACUGCUUUGACCCACAGUGUCCAACACACAUCAUGAUUCAGGAACUGAUGUUGCCAAGGGACCCAGUGAAGGCCAAGGCCAGGGACGAGGAGGCCACAGCUACCUAGGCCUCCUACAGGCAGCUGCUAUCUCCCUGGGAGGUAUCUUGGUCCAGUAACACAGUCUCUUGCUGUGCUGUUCUUUGAAAAUCAUUCCAUAACUGUUUGGAACAUUUGGGUUCUUGAAUCUGUUCAUGUUCCCUGGCUAGACAGGGCCAAAUGUUGGCCUGAAUCACAUCAUGGCUCCACUGGGGGAUGAGCUGAGCUCCUGGCUAGGGCCAUUGCUCUGAGAGUCCCAGUAGCAUCCCCCAGGCCAUCUCUGUCAGCAUGCACACAGCCUUAGGAUGAUGGGGGUCGGUUAGCAUAACUGAUGGAGCAGGCUUGGAACUAGGACCCCUCCCUCAGCAUUCUCUGAUGCUUAUCUCCAUGUGUUUGUCUGGUUCUCAAGAGGCCAGGGCUCUGCUUAAAAAGAUGAAGGCACUCUGGAGAGGGUACUGUAUCCAAUUUGCAUAGCAAAGGCUAAACAUUAGACAUGGCAAGUCAGCAACUAGAAAUCCUAGACAUCCAGAGUGGGGCUGCCUCUGCUAAGAGUUCUGGAGAGCCCAUGCCUACCUACAGGGAAUCUCCAACCAAAGUAAAGGAGACAUCUCCCUUAUCUCUAGCCCCUCUGCUACUACUACCUACCAGAGCUCCAGCACUGGCUGGCAAGUGGCUCCAGGGAUCUCUCGGACUGCUCUAAGUCAGUGUGUUAAGCUGCACCAUGGCUUCUCUAGUUAUGUCCCAGGUCCCCUAAAGCUGGCUUCAGCCCCAUACUUGCUCAACUGCCAUGGCUACUCAUGAUUUGUGGGAAGGAGGAAUGAGGGCAGUGGGUGACCCUCUUCAUUUUUGCAUCUGAGAGUAGGUCACAGCAGCUCUGUUCCUCUGUGUGAAGUAACCACAAUGUUCUUUUCUGGGCCAGAGUCAGUUGCCCAGCUUUUGUUGAGAAGAUCUCCAUACCUGCACUUUGGGACAGGUGGAAAGACCUGGUGCAGGAUGGUUGUGGCAGGGGUUCUCUUGGCUCCCUCUACCCAUUCUUGACCAGUCACAACCGGCAGCCUCACACUCUAUCAGGCUAAGAAUCAUACAACCACAAUGGAAGAAUAUUUAACUUUUCUUUAAAAAAAUCUUAACCAUGAAAGGAAGAAAAUAAGAGUAUACAUUAUUUUAACAGCAAAA